AUGCUCUCCUCCAUCCUGGCUCAGUUCGACAAGGACUUCUCAAAGGACUACCGUGGUUUCCACGACCUUGCGCAGCACAUGCUGCUUCGUGACCGACAGAUAAUCGACCGGGGAAAUGAGAUUCUGGCGCAGAUGUCGCAGCUUGACUCUGCCAUCGCCUCUGCGGAGGGGACGAGGCAGACGCUUGCCGAACUGAAGAACAAGCAAGGGGCGAUUGCGACAAUGAUGCAACGUCUGGAGGACGCGGUGCAGCCUGUCUACGCGAAGGCGCAGCCGAACUUCACUAAAGUCGAUGAGACUCGUGAGGGAACGUAUACGGCGGCGAUCAACCUCUUCGACGAGGUGGAAGCACUGCGGCUGCGGCUACAGCAGUGCGUGGAACAGCACAACCGUACCCUCCGACAGCUGCAGCAGCGUGACGACCUCGAAAAGAUGUCUGGGCUUGUUGACUACCAACUGAGCGCUUUGGGGGUGUGUGCAUUGCGAGCGGAGGGCUUGGAGCAUGAGCUUGACCUGCUAUUGGGGAAGCCACCCGCCAUGUGA